CCACGGCCGAGAACGCAUCAUAUCUGCGCAUGUCCGUUUCGUGUCGGAUAAACACUGAGCCUUCAGCAGCAGCAGAUAUCUGGAGAAUUAAGAGUCACAUUCAGGUGUGACUAUGGGGGGUUCUCUUUCCCUCUUCUCGAAGCAGACGGAACGCGAUGACGGUCAAGACUUCCUGACCUCUCCUGUGGAGGAUUCCCAGUCCGAGGACGGGAAGGGAGGAGACGUCUCUCAGUUUCCUUACGUGGAGUUCACGGGACGGGACAGCGUGACGUGUCCCACAUGUCAGGGCACGGGGAGGAUCCCCAGAGGACAAGAAAAUCAACUCGUGGCAUUGAUUCCAUACAGUGACCAAAGGCUGCGGCCAAGGAGGACGAAGUUGUACGUGUCGGCGUCAGUGGUUCUCUGCCUCUUGCUGUCCAGUCUGGCCGUCUUCUUCCUCUUCCCUCGCUCCAUCGACGUUUCCUACGCCGGAGUGAAGACGGUUUUCGUCAGCUACGACCAAGACAAGCGCAGCGUUUAUCUCAACAUCACGAACACUCUGAACAUCACCAACAAUAACUAUUACUCGGUGGAGGUGGCCAACAUCACCGCUCAGGUCCAGUUUGCAAAGACGGUGAUCGGAAAAUCUCGCAUCACUAACACCACUGCCAUCAGUCCUCUGGACAUGAAACAGAUUGAUUAUAUGGUCCCCACCAUCAUCGCAGACGAGAUGAACUACAUGUAUGAUUACUGCACUCUGCAAACCAUCAAGGUCCACAACAUCGUCGUGAUGAUGCAAGUGACCGUCACCACCACGUACUUCGGUCACGCAGAGCAGGUGUCUCAGGAGAUGUAUCAGUACGUGGACUGCGGAGGAAACACCACCUCCAUCAGAGCGAUGAUUUCCUGUUGAGUAAACGCCUCCGCUGUCCUCCUGCUGCUGACGCUAGCCUCGAAUGUUUCACCGUGUUUUCUCUCCUCCUCCACCUGCAGCGUCUAACUAACAAAAACCACAUUGUUUAAGUUUUUAUCAAUACUAAAAUAAUUCCAAACUAACGUCAGAAAAUCAUGUUUUUCAUGGAAACAUUUUAUUCAGCUUAGAAAUAAGCAAAAACAUUCCCUUGUUUUUGGUACAAAACCUUAUUUCACAGAGAAGAGUUUAAAAUGUGUCUGAUACGUCUAGAGAGACAAAUCUGCCAAAGUUAAAAAGCUAUCGGUCUUUGAAUGUCAUAAUUUUUUUCCAGACACCAUCAGUGCUAAACUUUACUGUCCCAAAGUUUUCAAUAAUGAGUCUGUGAUAAUAAUAUUUCAUAAUGUUACAAUUCACUUAGCAGACGCUUUUAUCCAAAGCGACGUACAUCAGAGAGUAAGUACAACACUAAUCCAUUCAUACACCGCCACUGAAGUAGCGGGACCUGCUGGUUGAGAGGCGACGACUCUACCAACUGAGCCACAGCCGCCCCUGUUUGACGCUUUACUACAACCCUAAUUACAAAAAGAGGUUUGGAUGAUAUGAAAGCAAAAUCAAACAGAUGGCACUAAACUGAUAUUCUUUAUUUUUAGCUCAUUAAAGGAAGAGUGUGCGACUUUUUGAUCCAGUAGAUGUCGCCCUUGAGCGCCAGCAUGAAAUCAAAACGUACUGUUGUUUGGCCACACCUCUGGUCUCCUCCAGCGACACACCUCCAACCCCCCUCACCUCGCAUUCGCGACAAGGAAAUUGUCCUCGGCUUGAGCUGCAGUUGCCUGUGGCCUGCAUUGUUGUGUUAGCGGGCUAAUGUUAGCACACAUUAGUUAACUCGUAGCUUCACAUUUUAUGAAAAUUGACACAGAAUAACCGUGAUCUAAAAAGAGGAUAUACUUGAUUUCUGCUUUUUUUAUUUUUAAAAUGUUGCACAUUCUUCCUCUAAAUGGAGCAGAGUAGACAGUUUUAAUUUUUUAAAGGUCACAUAUUACACAAAAUAACCCUUAACCACUUUUUUCCCGAAACUUUUUUGUACACCAGUAUGUGUCUCUAGUCUGUCGCCAAACCCCCCAAUGAUGAGAAAAGUCCAUCCUAUCCGUCUUCUGCCUGCUCCACUUAUCAGAAAAUGUGUGCUCAAACAGGCCGUUUGGAGAUUCUCCCUUCAUGACAUCACAAAGGGCAGUAACCCCUCCCCCAGGUGGGUGACACUCCCACAGCUAGGUGUUUGUUCUGCCCUCUGAGUCUGCCUUCUCACCGUAAACAAUAGGACAUAGACCGAGACACCCAAGCCCUUCCGGAGAGGGGGCGUGGUCAGACACAGCUCAUUUACAUAUUUAAAGGUACAGACACAGAAACAGUCUGUUCUGAGCAGGGCUGAAAUAGAGGGGUUUAUAGACAUGAUCAAAUACAGGAUCAGAGUGGAUUUAGAACAAGAAACUUCACACACAUGUGUUGAGGAGCUCUGAGACUUAUUUAAACUGGUUGAGGAGGAGGAGAAUAUGUGACCUUUAAAGUCCACUAUCUCUGUUUGAUUUCUACCUGGCAUCCAAAACGUUUUGCUUUUAGGGUCGCAAAUAAAGACCAUUUCUUUUUGAUUAAGAGAAAACAAAAUUAUUUAUUAUAAGUGAAGCUACUGUUUGUGAAUCCUCCUAAUUAUCGACUUAAAUAUUAAAUAUUAAGCUUGAUAUUGAAGUUUCAUUCAGGGGGAAAACUCAUUUAAAACGUCAAAUUAACAUGAUGCAAGUUUAGCUAAUCUAAUCUAGUGUUUAACAGCAUUAAAGUAUCAGGGCAACAGUUAAAAUUAUCGGGGCAACACCUCCAUUUAUAGAAUCCCCUAUUAUUAUUUUUUUUAAUUCUCCUGAGCAGAUGGAGGGGAUCAAAGAAGUGUUUGACUAGCUACCAAACCAUAAUGCACUUUAUAAAUCUAUUUAAAAUGCACAUUUAGCGCAGUCCUAAGUCCUCUACAGCCUAUUCCUUUAGCACUGAGUGUGAGACUCUAUGAAGGAUCAAAGUGUACUUUGAUAUUAUUUUUUAUGAGGUACUGUGGCGUCUGAUGGUGAGAUAAGCUUAAGUGACUCUUAGUGUUUCUCUUUUUGUUUCAUCUGCUGAUUUAUACACUGUAGUAUUUUGGUGUUUGGAUUAUCGUCGAUGUGAAAGCAGUUUCCUGUCUCUUACAUUGUUCUGAAAUGAAGGCACACCUGUUGCACUAUUUUAAAGACGGAGGUGGAAAAUAUAACAUCCUGUUCGUAGUUUAGACCUCCGUGAUGAGACCUGUCAUUUCAGAAAUCUGCUCUACCUGCUCAUGGCUAUUUACAGACUUCAUGGUUAUUCCAGUGUCUCUUAAUGAAUGUCCUGUUAAGUUAAUUUGUCUUCUAACAAAAUUACGCGACGAGUUAAUGGGGAAUGGUGUGACCUUAAUCUAAAGUGUUGCCUCACCUUCUUUAAAGCCCCCAGACUCCACUAACAGAAACAGUACUUUUAACUCACUGAACACAGGAGAUGCUGGUCGAGCAAUUCAGUGAGACACAAAAGAAUGUGAAGAAAAUAUGGCCCGGCUUUUGAAGUCGUUUGAAUUCCACGUAAAGGUUCAGUCAUUCCAGCAUUGAUAAAUCCUAGUUAGAUUUUAAUUUGGAGUCCCUGCAAUCGUUGGAUAUUGCUCAUUAGCAAAACCUCAGUCUUAAUGCAUAACCUCUACUCUAACAGGGCAGAUGUUUACAGAUGCUUCUUUAAAAUCCUGUUUAAAUAAGCUGCUUCACAAACAGGCCGUUGUUUGUUCUCCGUUAUAAGAACUCAUCCAUCCUCCAGCAAUGAAGCUAGCCAGCUCGGAAAGCUACUGUGACUUUAAAAAAAUCAUUAUGCUAGCUGGCUGCUAUGCAAUUAGCCUGCCAGCUAGCAAAACCACUACAUCACAGUGCUAAUACAUUUCAUUUCAGUUUCACAACAUUAGAAAUAAAAAAAACUUGUAAUUGAUAAUUUAUUGUACACGAUUAAUCUCAGAAACGUUGACUGAACAGUAAACCACUGAAGCUUUCAGGUUGUCAUGAAGGGCUGUUUUGUUUUUAUUUAAUUUAAUUUAAGUAUUAUAAAUCAUAUUUUUGCGUUUUUUUUGCAAACAGAAAUUCUGUACGUUCCCUGAAUGCAUCGUAUAUUCUGCUCUGUCUGUCCUGCUGAUCAAAGUCCUGUCAUUAUUUGUGGUUCUGCUGUGAUUUAAAGGCGGUUGUUUUGCUAACAUGUUUCUUUGCGCACUUUGUUCACUAAUCACACGUUCUUCUUCAUGUGUUCAACAUUUUCUACGUCAUGUUUAUAGAUAGUAAGGAAUAUUUUUGUGCAAAAUCAGAACUUAUUUUGUUGACGAAACUCUAAAACACUGAGUAUUUUUUUAUCCAUGAUGAUAAUAAAUCCUCCUCAUAUC